GCAAAAGUCAUUCAGGAUGCAGUUGUUGGCAAGUUGUCGCCCAAAGCGUCUCAGAGCCCAGCCGUGGGGUCCUGCUCACUUGGAAGAGAGACAGAUGAGACAGAGAAGGAUCUGUCCUCAGGUGACUGGCUCCAAGACGCACAUGUAGGACACAGGGACAGAUGGAUGUAGCUGUGCCGGUAGCAGUGCAGGACCAUGCCUGUUGUAUUGAGUGUGCUUCUCCUCCUCUUUCAUCAGACCCUCCUACUGGGGAUGCUGUCUCCUCCACAGAAUGUGACGCUAACAUCUGAAAAUUUCCAUAUUCUCUUGGUGUGGGAGCCUGGUUCCGGCUCAGGCAAUGGCACCCAAUAUGAGAUUCAAAGUUGCCAGCGAUCUUCUAACUGGACCAAAGUGGACGCCUGUUGGAGGAACAACGCCAGAUCAUCGCACACAUGCAAACUGUACUUCGAAGACAUACACAAAUUGUACUGGGCCAGGGUGAGAGCCAUGGAUGGAGCCCAGGUGUCCGAAUGGGCCAUUUCCAAUGAACUACAACCGUACAGAGACACAAUUGUGGGCCCCCCUAUCCUGACUCUUAUACUGGUGGAUGAGAAUCUGACCGUAAUUCUGUCCAUGCCACUCACCCCUUAUCGAAGGAGAAAUGGCACUUACAAGUCAGUCCAGAAAGUGCUACCGAACUGGAAGUACCGGAUCAGCCUUUCCGAAAAGGGUGUUCAUAUCAACAACGUGUCCUUUCAGCCAAAGGGCAAGAUAACUUCACACACAUUUGAGUAUCUGAAACCGAAUACCAAUUAUUGUGUCACAGCCUGUGUGGUCAGAGAGCAAAGCAAGGUAUCUGUGCAAUGUAUCAAGACUCCAGACAGUCCAGCAGAUUUCCUCUGGGACCUUAUUUUUGUUCUGGUUGCCCUCCUCGUGCUGCUUCUGCUGAGCGCCAUUGGCUUCUAUUUCCUCAAGCUCUACAUAUAUUCAAGUGUCUCGAAAAUGCCCUUCCCCAAAACACUGGCUAUUCUGAAUGAAGAGCUAACUGUGAACCACUGGAACAAAUCACUUGCCCAUGAUCUCGAGGGUGCCCCUGUCACUCUAAUCUCGGUGGCUGGGCUUGCCUCCAAUGGUAACUCCCAAGUGGAGCAAGAAAGACUCCAACUCCAGCUACUUCCGGAAGGCUGCCAGGCCUGGAAGGAGGAAGGUUACUGUGCCAAUGGGUUUGGUCCAGGCUACUGUGAAAACAUGGUCUCUUCCAGUUCCUUGGGCCAGCAGGAGUUUGCUGGCACCAUAGACCCUGAAGCCGCCUCGUCAUCAGCAGGACAGAUGAAGGAUGGAUAUGCAGGUGAAGGGAACUACAGUACUGCUCUGGAGGCCCAGCUUCCCAUGGGCCAGUUGGUGUUUUCUGAGCAGCUAUCUCCAGUGUCAGCAGCACUGGCCAAAGAUGGUUAUAUGAGUGAUAGGGGCUACCAGACUUGCUCAGAGAUUCGGAUUCCUCGGCACCUCCAGAUUUAUUGCAAGUGCUCAUCUCCAGUAUCAGAAACCUGCAGUCUUUCACCACCAACCUGCAGCCUCAGGGACCUUAAAAAGAACACUGAUGGCAAGAGUAGAGGGUGGCCACCCACGGAUUGGGUUGAUAUUCCUCUCAGCUCCGUGAAACUGAAGGUCAAUGAAGAAACACAAAACCACCUUGCUCCUUUUCCCAGGCACUUGUACAGUCACACUGCUGAUAAGACAAUGAAGGACAGCAAAGCAGACUUGGCAAGGCUGGGUCAGAGUGAUGUAGAACAGCAGAAGAACCUACCUGUGAGCCGAGAACAGCAUGGCCUCCCAGAGCACACAGAGCUUAGUGGUGACCCCAGUGGGGAGCCGUACCCAAAGGCUGAUGGCAUUAAGAUCAUGACUUUCUAUAGCUAUGAAUUACGCCCUCAAGUGCUUGUCCUGUAGCUAAUGAUGCUGGAGCUGGGAAGAAGACAUUAGUGUACAGGUAGAUUUCCUAUAUGUUUAUCCACGUGCAGGGGGUCUGAUUCUGGACUCACUUGUAGUGGUGUGAAUCAAGAUUGACUCCACUGAAGUGUUAUAUACAUAAAACCAGUAAGAUCAGACUCUGGAAUUGGGCUGAAAACAAAACCCUAGCUCCAAAUCCAUGAACCUUCACCCCUGAACAGCAGCCCCUCAGUUGGAAGUUCACUGCCCCGGGUGGUUGGAUUUGGCCAUGUGGCCAAUAGAGAUAAUUUGACCUGUGAAUUUAGGUACAGCCUUUUGAUUCAGGCCCACCUGCAAUAGAAACCAGCGGAGGCUUAUGGUUUUGACUGAGUUUUAGUGUGUUUGUGGGUCCAUCUGAAUCUGAAACUUAAGGAAAACAUAAGGUAUGUGAAACCCACACAAAGCAAAAACAAGGGAAAGGCUCUGAGUAGUUCCUGAGACCUGAUCGAAUCACAUUUCUCAUACAGCUUUAGUGACAGACAAACUGAGGGGGUGACUUUCUCUCUAGUAAAUGUAUAUAUCUGACAUGAAGCUGGAAACACUGAAUGUACAUUGAUCUCUGGUAUUUACUUUACAGCCUGUCACUAAAAGACAAGCGAGCCCUUGAAAGAUAUGACAGUGAAACUGGAUCCAAAUUGCCAAAGAUUGGCAAAAUUCUUGACACCCAUUGGAUGGCAUCAAGUUCUAGAACCGCAAGUGCCACCUAGAACUCCUACUCAGCUUCACAUAGGCACUUUGAAGAAGCCCCCCAAGACAUAUCUCAAGACAAUAGAGAGAGAAGCAAGUAUGAUGGCCUUAAGACGAAGACUGGAUCUAAUGCAGUUUUGAAAGACUUGGGAAUGAUGAAUGAUGCUCAUCUAGAAUGCACGGAACUAGCAGAGGUUUACAGAAGAAUGAUGUAAGUAAUGUGACUGCACACAAGUUGUUUCUUAAGCAAGUAGACCUUUUUAAAGCCGUGAAAGAACAACCAGGUGAUUAUUUAUUCAAAGCGCAAAAAGCAGCAGAGGAUGGCGUGUUUCAGACUGUUUCCAUUGUGGAAGGAGGAGCCACAAGAAAGAAACUAUUUGCCCCACAGACAGACUCAGAGCUCAUAGCCAGUAUAAACGUUCUUGAUCCAGUAUAUUGGCCAACUGGAGAACAAAGUGCUUUGCAUGGAGAAAAGGAAAUAAAGGAAAUCUGCUGUCAGUUUCAGCUGUAUGUUCAUGAGAUUUUGCAAGCCUCCUGAAUUUACAAAGAUUUUGGAGUGAAACUAUGUCUUGAUGCUCUGAAAAGCCUUUUAAUUUGUGUGAAAUUACUGCCUGCCAUCACUGAACAUGGAUUUAGUGCUAUGAACAACUACUUUCAAGAUCAUCCAUUCAUGUUCACAUACUGAUGUCCUGCAGGUGACUCAAGCUUCAUGGUCCUUCUGUACCACGAUUUUAACAGUGUCUGGCAAGAGGAAGACAUUCUGCAGCUCAGAAGAACUGUAUGAACUGGAAGAAUACAUCAGACAAUAAUGCUACUCUUGAAGGACUUUGGAAGUUGUUUUGUUAGGUUAUGUUGGACAAUCUCCACAAUUAGCCAAGGACAGUAGGUUAAAAUUUAAAAUU